AUGGCGGAAUCGAAACUGAACAUCAUCAUUGUUGGCUCUGGACUUGCGGGCCUCGGCGCGGCGACAGCCACUGGCGGCCAAGGCAUUUGCCUAUUCUCCAACUGUGUCAAGAUCCUUCAGUCCAUGGGCCUCGACGCUGAUCGCAGUGGCGGCGUCCCCUGCCACGACUAUCGUCUAUUCGACAAGGCUGGCAAGCGGCUUAAGGAUUUCCCCAUUGACUUUAAAGGCCGCUAUGGAGUUGACACUUUGACUAUGAAGCGGUCUUACUUCCGAGAGGAGUUGCUCAUGCUGGCAACUGCGCCGCCUGCGGAUGGUAUCAAGGGAGAGCCUGUCCGCAUGGUCUUCAACACUGCUGUUGCUGAGGUUAAUCCCGAGGCAGCUUCUGCCACGCUGCACGACGGGUCAGUCGUAAGAGGCGAUGCCGUUAUCAUCGCGGAUGGCGUUCACUCACGUCUCCGUAAACGAAUCACCGGAGACGAGACCCAUCGAGCCAAGAAGAAUGGCGACACUUGCUACCGGAUUGCCAGCUCCUUUGCCAAGCUCAAGGAAGCUCUCGGCUACCUGCCCGAGUGGUGGGAUCCCGAGACGGCCGACAGUCGUAUCAGCGCCCUGCAGACGUUGGACGACAUGAACCGCCUUGUUGCUGAAGAGUCUUGGUAUGCAAAUGGUGAUCGCAAGGAGCUGAUUAGCACGUUUGCCGACUUUUACGAGCUCAUCCGAAAGAUACUCAGAGAGCUGACGGCCAUAGCAUUGCCAAAGAGGUCAAGGUUUGGGACCUUCAGGACAUGGGUCCUCUCCCAAACUGAUACAGAGGACGUGCCAUCUAUCCGUUUGUUGCUUCCAGGCAUGGACGAGGAUGAUAUCAAAUCGGUGCUCUCCAAGAUCGACGCAGUUCGGCGACCACGUGCGGCAAAAGUGCUGCAGGACACUCGUCUCCAGGCUGAUGAAAUUACCAGGGAAGAGCGAUUAGCUAAUAUGGAUUACAACUGUGGUUACAACGGAGUGUAUGAAGCUCUGAAAGAGCUGGAGUAG